GGCUUUAUCUUUUAUCUUGAAUAACCAGUUACAAAGGGGUGACAUUAACGAAAAAGCAAACAAUGCUAUGGAUAAGAGAUGCAGUGAAUGCCCAGCCAGCGCUGGAUACAGUCACUAAACAGCAGCUGAUGCUUCCUGCCUCAGAAGCAUUUUCUAUGUUUCCGGAUAACACAGUCCUACGUGUGUUUCAGAUCGAUGCGCUUGCUACCCAGGAAGAUAUACUAGACAUACUCCGAAGCAAUCUAUUUCAGGUGCUCAGCAUUCCUCCUCUUAAUUCUUUUCGUUUCGCUUACCAGGAGGAGUUGAAGCUAGGAUUAGAUGCAUUUAUAUAUUAUUUUUCAACCUGGAAGUUGGGUCAGUCGGUUGGGGAUCGCAUGCAUAACUUGGUUAUGCGUGACGAGGAAUGCGCAAAGGCAAAGGGUCUGCAGUCUUCCACUUACUUGGUUCCCAGCUUAGCACCAACUCGACGUAUUUUGGUGGCACAUGCUGUCCUUACGCUGCUGUUACCAUAUGUGACCCGAAAAAUACAGAGGACAAUGCUAAGCGAGGGGUGGGAAAGAGAGGAAAUGUCCACAUGGAAGUAUCGUCUUGCUAAGGCUUUUCGCUAUACUGUCAUUGGGUGGUCUCUCUUCUCUAUUGUGAACACACUCCGUUUCCUCAUCUCAGGAGGGUACCGCACACCAAUUGAAUAUCUCCUUUCUUUGCGCAUGGUUUACGGCAGCCAGAGGAUGAUCCGUUUCACCAAUCUGAUAUAUCUCAACCAACACUUAUGGUGGACGACAUGGACCUCGCUACUUUCGGUGCUUAACUUCGGAAGCUACUUGCGACGCCUGCUUCACGCUGUCCAGUCUGUGACGUCAUCCGCCAGUGGCGGGUUGAUCACAGGGGAUGCGGUGUGCUGUGUUUGCCACUCCACUCCGACCGUGAGUCAGCGCUCAAACUGCGGCCACCUUUACUGUUAUUACUGCAUUAAAAGCCGUCUGCUAGAUAGCGAGUCGUCAGGGUCUUUCCGUUGCUACAAGUGUGGCCAGGCAGUGCAUAGUUGUUUUCCUGACGCAUAAAAAAAUGUUAGUAUUCGAUGUGAGGGGGUUUGUAAAAAGUCGAAGGGAAAUUACAUGCAUAUAUAUAUAUAUAUGAUGAUGAUGAUUGAUGAAAGAGCAGCUUUGCAUUAGAUAGUAUGAACAUAUUCUUUUACGCUUCAUAAAAUAACUAAUCCUAAAAGUAAAAAGGCAUCUGGUAUUUAUAUCUACAUUAAUAUAUGCUUUCUUCCG